AUGGUAUUUUCAUUAUAUAGUCUUAUUGAAGCUGCAUUUCUUUGUGUUAAUACAAUUGCCAUACUUAAUGAACAGGUUUCUUUCAAAAUACAACAUAAUUCCGGUGUUGGUUAUGUUGAUGAAUAUCAAAAUACUGAAUCAAAAUCAUUUGAAGCUAUUUGUUAUACAUAUGGACGAGCAUUUACUAUGCAUAUUCUUGACAAUUAUUGUCGAGAACUUAUUAGAGUUCAUCGUGAAUUACAAUGUUGUUCAGGAUGUAGUUGUUUUGGUAGUUGUGAAAGUUGUAUGCAACAAGUUACUGUUGAAUGUCCACCUGGACAAAUUAUUGGCACUGUUCAACAAGAGUACUAA